GAUGGCUUGGACACAACAAAAGAUGCAAAAGUAUUUCCUACUUCAAAGGUGUUAUUUUACAGUCAAAGCUAAAAACAAAUAAACUAAAUGGAAUCCCAAAAUAAUAAAAUGGCUGUCACGGAGGAAGCUUUUCCAUCAACUCGCAAAGAAUGUGGAAAGAGAGGACGGAAGCCUGGAAGAAAAACAUCGUCCGAGAAAAUAGACAUAAAGGCAAAACUUGAACGUAGCAGGCAAAGUGCAAGGGAAUGCCGUGCCCGCAAAAAACUACGCUAUCAGUACCUUGAGGAGUUAGUUGCAGAUCGUGAAAAAGCAGUCGUUGCACUGCGAGCUGAACUGGAACGCUACAUACUAUGGAGUAGACAAUUAAAUGAAAAUCUCUCUGCAACCAACACAGACCAGUUACUGAAAGAAAUCGGAAUUAUUAAACAAGAAUAAGUCAUGUAACUCUAUAACUAUUCCUAUAAAAACCUAUUUUUCU